AUUCCUCCUUCGUCUCCUGCGAUAGGAAUGGAGACGCCUUUCACUAAUCACCUGUCUUUUGAGCAUAUCUACGAGCCAGCUGAAGACUCCUUCCUUCUGAUGGAUGCCAUCGAGGCGGAUGACUGUUGGUUAAGAGAGACAGUGAAGCCAACAAUUUGCCUGGAAAUUGGCAGUGGUUCCGGAAUAGUUUGCAGUGCUGUCGCCAAGUUCCUGAAGGUGUUUUGCCUGGCCACAGACAUCAAUAGCCUUGCGUGUCGAGCCACUCGUGAGACGGCUCAGCGGGCUGAAGUUAUUGUUGAGUGUGUGAACGCGGACCUGGUGAAGCCCGUGGUGACUGGAAAAAUUGACAUGCUCAUUUUCAACCCUCCGUACGUGCCAACUGAAAACUACGAAGUCGCCAGCAGCAACAUCGCGCACACGUGGGCUGGAGGGUUGAAUGGGCGGCAGGUGAUGGACCGACUGUUUCCCUUGUUGCCUGAGCUGCUGUCUGAAAGGGGAGUGCUUUACUUGGUAUUGCUAGAGCAAAAUCGACCGCAAGAAGUGGAGCGAAUCCUCCAGAUGCAAGGACUUAAGUGCCAAAUUGUGAUGAAGCGUAGAGCCGGAAUUGAGAAACUGUGUGUGCUCCGAGCCAGCAAAGCAAAGAUUAUUUAACAAGUGUCCAAAACGUGGUAAAAUUAAAUAGAAUUCCAAUCAAAA